CAAAGCCGUCCCCUCUCACACCAAUCAUACCAUACGGUACCCCAAAGCUCAAAGCAGCUAGCUAAAGAAGCGCCCCCCACAUCCAUCUACCUCCGAUUCCAUCCCCGGCCCCCCUCCCAAACAGCACAAAAAGUCCACCGCACUAUACUAUCCUAUCGCGAGGCGGGCAAAAAAGCCGCAGUGCUGCUGCUCAUAUCCAAAUCACUCAGUACUGGACUCCCAUCCCAAGUUAUUCGCCUAAGGACGGGCCGGCCGAUCGCGUUCUGGAUUCGUUGGAGGAUUCUUUCAUUCGUCUGCAAGUCAUCUCUCGGGAGACCGGGACGACCUCGGCGUCGCCGCAUUGCUCAUUCUGUUCCUUUUAGUCCUGCUGAUCGUUCAUUCUUUAGUGCAUAUAUAUAGGUUUUCUCCUUGAGUUCGUUCGUUCUUGGAAGAAAGGAAUGACUUGAGGUGAUAGUGUGUGUGUGUGUGUGUGAGAGAGAGAGAGAGACGCAUUGUGUGAGAGCUCUGCCUGUUCUUCCUCUGCCAUUGUUUCUCUUCCCUUUCAGAAGGGUGUUCAGGAGCUCUUCUUUCAGUUGUCGGUCGCUCGCCAUCUUUGGGAGAGAGCCUGCAUUGGCAGAGGCAGCAAUGCUACAGUUCAAGAGAAAAAGACUGCUGCUCGCAUCUGCAGGCUGCGUGGCUCUCAUGCUUCUCAUCACACCAACACAUGGUGACUCCGAUUCGGAGCAGAGGAGCUACAAGAUGGCUCGGCCAUUGGAGCUCACGCCCAAGCUCUCGCUGCAGCUCAAGCUCCACGCCAUCCUUCUCUGGUCCUCGGUCGCCUUCCUGAUGCCCGUCGGGGUCCUGCUCAUCAGAGUCUCCGCCAACGUCAAGAGCGCCAGCACCGUCAGGCUCCUCUUCUACUGCCACGUCGCUUCCCAGGUCGUCGCCGUCGUGCUAGCCACCGCCGGCGCGGUGCUGUCGAUAAGCAACUUCGAGAACGCCUUCGACAACACGCACCAGAGGGUCGGGCUGGCGCUGUACGCCUUCAUCUGGCUCCAGCCGCUCGUCGGCUUCCUCCGGCCGGACAGGGGGGCCAGGGCGCGGGGCGCGUGGUACCUGGCGCACUGGCUGCUGGGCGUCGGCGUCUGCGUCGUCGGCGUCGCCAACGUCUACGUCGGCCUGCACACGUACCAGGAGCGGACUGGCCGCAGCGCGCGGCCCUGGACGCUGCUCCUCACCGUCGAGGUGGCGGCCUUGGCGUUCGUGUACCUCGUCCAGGAUCGCUGGAGCUACGUGCUGCGGCAGCGGGAGGAGGCGGCCGCCGCCGCCGCCCUCGGCGACGGGCGGAGCCAAGGGUCCACCAUGUACCCGGCGAACGAUCACAAGGAGGUCGUCGUGGUGCCAUAGCCGCCUUGCUGACUCGUGACUGGUAUCCCGGCUCAGAUUCCACUAGUUUAGGCGACGAUCCGUGGACCGUCGAGCAGAUGGAUUGGAAGAUGCCGCGUCUUUGGGAGCUUGCAUGCAUUUGUACAGGUGAAUAGGAAGGAGGUGAUAUGUGCUUGAAAGAAGCUGAGUUGGGUUCUU